ACAUACGAGUUAUUCGAGGGAAUGAGUUAGCGGAAAUAUUAAUUUUCUGCGGUGUCUAGUCGAGUGUGGUUUCGAAUGUCCGCGUUGUUUUUUAAAAAGUGAACCGCAAUAAUUAAAUAAAAUGAAGUUAUUUUGUAUUUUAUCGUUGCUGUUCGUCGUUGCUUGCCAUGUGAGCCAUGCUGAUCCAGAAAAUAAAUUAUUUCGAAUUUCACUAUCCAGAGUUGUCACACCACGUGAUCGACUUCGUUUAGCUGGCACAGAGUUUAAAUUAUUAAAUGCCAAAUACAAUGGAACCGGUACCCCCGAACCUCUUCGAAAUUAUCUCGAUGCUCAAUACUACGGACCUAUUACUAUCGGUACACCACCUCAACCUUUCAACGUAGUUUUCGAUACAGGAUCUUCAAAUUUAUGGGUACCAUCGAAGCAGUGCAGUAUUUUAAACGUAGCUUGUCUGCUGCAUAAUAAAUAUAACAGUAAAACGUCCAGCACUUAUCAGGCUAACGGUACGGAAUUCGCUAUUCAUUAUGGUUCGGGAAGCUUAUCCGGAUUUUUAUCCGCUGAUACUGUAUCGAUCGGUGGUUUGGAUAUCAAGCAACAAACAUUCGCCGAAGCAGUGAAAGAACCUGGUAUCGCAUUCGUGGCAGCUAAAUUCGAUGGUAUCUUAGGCUUAGGCUAUCAAGAAAUUUCAGUCGGUGGCAUUCCUCCUCCUUUUUAUAACAUGGUACAACAAAACCUCGUCAAGAGCCCAGUAUUUUCAUUCUAUUUGAACAGAAAUACGGCAGCUGCUGAUGGCGGUGAACUGAUUUUCGGCGGAGUUGACCCAGACAAAUUUCGUGGUAAUUUUACUUAUGUUCCUGUUAGUGUUAAAGGAUAUUGGCAAUUCGGUAUGGAGAAGAUUUCCUUAGGUAGUAAAGUCAUUCAAACUUCUCAAGCUAUUGCUGAUACUGGUACUAGUCUUAUCGCCGGUCCAUCCGACGACGUGGCCGCUAUUAAUAAAGCUAUCGGAGCUGUUGAAAUUUUAGGUGGCCAAUACACGGUCAGUUGUGAAACUAUCGAUCAGUUACCAGAUAUUACAUUUACGAUCAACGGAGUCGACUACACGCUUGCAGGAAAAGAUUAUGUGUUACAGAUAAGUCAAUUUGGUAGAUCGAUUUGCGUAUCCGGUUUCAUGGGUAUUGACAUUCCUCCACCUCGUGGACCUUUAUGGAUUCUCGGUGACGUUUUCAUCGGAAAAUAUUACACCGUUUUCGAUUUAGGCAAUAACCGUGUAGGAUUUGCCGAAAGUGUGCAGAAAUAAACGUGAUAACUUACUUAUAACUAUACUGUGACGAAUUCGUUAUUUCAAAGACUUUCGCCUGUUGUACAUAAUAUUUUUUAAUAGUUCGUUUUAUAAAAUUUUAGCAAUAAAUACUUUUUAUGUGACAUUUUUAA